GGUCAUUCAUUUUAGAUAUUCAUAGGAUUUUCAUUUCUUAAACUUCAAGCAUCCAAUGAGGGGGAUUCUGCGUAUUUCGAAAGCUGCUCUCGGCCCAGUUUUUACAGCAAACAUUAAGCAAGCGAAAAUCGAUGAAAUUCUGCGUGUUGAUCAUGCUGGAGAGGUCGCUGCGGUCCGUAUUGCGUCUCACCAAUUAAACUGGAUGUCGCCUUUAAAUGAUGCUGUUCCAAUUGUAAAUGAAAUACUGGAUGAUGAAUUGGUUCAUGAAAAAGUGAUGAAUGAUCUUGUAAAUCAGCAUGGUAUAAAAACAACCCAACUUGAUCCUCUUUUUAAGGUGGCUGCUUUUGUACUAGGUGCGGGAACAGCUGUACUUGGUAAAGAAGCUAUGAUGUGUUGCCACGCUGCAGUCGAGGUAACUAUUUUUGAUCAUUAUAAUGAUCAGCUGCGCGAAAUGGAGAUGCUUGAUGAGUCAUUAGAGGGUGUGGUUGAGACAGCGGAGGAAUCUAAUGAAUGGAAAUCGAUCAAAGAUAUUGUUGCAAAGUUUCGUGAUGAGGAAAAGCACCAUCAGGAGCUUGGUGAACAAAAUGGUGCUGAUCAGGCUCCUGCGUACCCAUUGUUAUACAACUCGAUAAGGUUGGCAUGCAAAUUUGGUGUAUCCUUAGCGAAGAAAGUAUAAAUUUUAUUUCUACUUUUCUGAAAAUGUAUCCGGUGACAUCAGCAUCAAAAAGCAAAA